UUGGCUUCUGUCUUUGCUCUAUGUCAUCUCAGACUGUUAUAACGAAGAGAGCGAGACAAGGAGAAGCGCUUCAGUCGCAACAUCCUUCCUGAUACAUAUCUUCCAAGAUGGAACCCACGACUAUGAAAGAAGACUUGAAGCUCUAUCAGAGCACUCUGCUUCAAGAUGGUCUGAAGGAACUCCUGAAGGAGAACAAGUUUAUUGACUGCAUUCUGAAAGUAGGGGACAGGAGACUGCCUUGUCACAAACUCAUCAUGGCAGCAUGUAGCCCUUACUUUAGAGAGCUUUACUUCUCAGAAGACGGCAAAGAGAUAAGCAGCUCAAGCGAGGAGGUUGUGCUGGAAAACGUGGACCCAACCAUAAUGGACAUGAUUGUGAAUUAUCUUUAUUCUGCAGAAAUAGACAUCACAGAUGAUAACGUGCAGGACAUUUUUGCAGUAGCUAACCGCUUUCAGAUACCAUCUGUUUUCACAGUGUGCGUGAACUACCUGCAGAAAAAGCUCUCGCUGGGAAACUGCUUGGCUAUCUUCAGACUCGGGCUGGUGCUCAACUGCCCAAGGCUGGCUAUAGCAGCAAGAGACUACAUAGCUGAGCGAUUUGACAAACUGGCCAAGGAGGAGGAUUUCCUGGAGUUCAACCCUCCUGAGCUGUUUGCCAUCAUAGGAGGUGAUUCUCUCAAUGUUGAGAAAGAGGAAGUGGUGUUUGAACUUCUGAUGAAAUGGGUCAGAAAGGACAAAGAGAAUCGUGUGAAGUUUUUAGGGGAGGCCUUUGAGCAUAUCCGCUUCAGACUACUUCCAGAAAAAUAUUUCAAAGAGAAAGUAGAAAAAGACGACAUUAUCAAAGCAGAUCCUGAGCUCGUGAAGAAACUUAAGGUCAUCAAAGAUGCUUUUGCUGGGAAACUUCCAGAAAAUAAAGAAGGAGAGAACAUGCCUGGUUAUCUGAAUGACAACCGAAGACUUGGCAUGUAUGUCAAAGAGCUUAUCCUGAUGAUUAACGAUACAGCAGCCGUGGCUUAUGAUCCUGAAGAGAAUGAAUGCUCCUUAGCAGCCAUGGCAGAGCAGAUACCCCGAAACCAUGUCAGCAUCUGUACCAAGAAGAAUCAACUUUAUGUCAUAGGUGGACUCUUUGUGGAUGAAGAGAAUAAAGAAACACCCCUGCAGUGUUAUAUGUAUCAGCUGGACCCUCUUACUCCAGACUGGCUUGCUCUUCCACCACUGCCUUCUCCCAGAUGUCUCUUUGCUCUGGGUGAAUUUGAAAAUCUCCUAUUUGCUGUUGCUGGCAAAGAUUUACAAAGCAAUGAGUCUCUUGACUCUGUACUGUGUUAUGACAUUGAUAAAAUGAAAUGGACAGAGACGAAGAAACUUCCCUUGAGGACACAUGGUCACAGUGUGAUCUCACAAAAUGGACUGGUGUACUGUAUAGGAGGGAAGACUGAUGAAAAUAAGACUAUCAACAAGAUGUUUGCAUAUAACCACAAGAGGGCAGAAUGGAAGGAGUUGGCAGCAAUGAAAACACCAAGGUCCAUGUUUGGUGCAGUUGUUCACAAAGGAAAGAUUAUUGUGGUUGGAGGAGUAAAUGAGGAUGGUCUAAUAGCAUCUUGCGAAGCCUACGACUUUGGAACCAACAAAUGGGAAACUUUCCCCGAGUUUGCCCAGGAAAGGAGCUCAGUUAACCUUGUCAGUGCUGGUGGUGCACUUUAUGCAGUGGGGGGCUUCACCAUGGUAGAGACAGAUAAUAAAGAGUGUGCUCCUUCAGAAGUCACAGACAUUUGGCAAUAUGAAGAGGACAAGAAGCAGUGGGCUGGAAUGUUAAGAGAGAUGCGAUACGCAUCUAGCGCCUCUUGUGUUUCCAUGCAACUAAAUGCUGUAAAAAUGCCCAAACUGUAAAAAUGGGACUUUGUUCUGUAAGUGAUACCAUUAAGGUAUUACUUAUUUUAAGACUCAGUAAUUCCAGUACUCUGAAACUAUAGGUUAGUAGUUACAGAAAUAUAUUUAAGCAUGAAACAGGCAACUCAACUAAAGUCUAAUAGUUUUAGAGUUUGAGGAAACUAUUUGUACAAGCACAAAUGUCAUAGAUUCAAAAACAUUUGCUUUUUACAAAAAUAAAAAAUAUUUUGAGGGCA